GUAGUACAAGCAGUGAUCGACUCUUGAAACUAAAGUAGCUAUGGACGCUGCCUCUGUGCCAACGAGCCGAUUGCUCCCGAUACGCACGCGGAGGUCGGCACCGGCCGAAUGGACGACGAUGGACGAUUCCGCGGCGGCUGUGGAGGAGCCCGUGACCCCAACUGCUAGACUCAUGGAGGCUGUAUACAUCGUCGUUACCAUCGGCCUUGGCUCUCCCGUAAACCUACCAGUCUUCAGCGCCGGCGUCGCCGCCGAACUUGCCCGUUUCCCACGCUUCCGCAGCAUCCAAGUGAUAGAUGGAGAUGAGUCAAAGGACGGCAACAACCCGCGGUGGGCGCGCACGGCGGUGAACGUAGAAGACCACAUGAUCGUCCCGACGCUAAAUCCCGCCGCUGUGAAGGCCGACCCAGACCGGGCCGUGGAGGAUUACGUGGCCUCAGUGUACACACUCCCCAUGGACUACUCCCGCCCUCUAUGGGAGUUCCACUUCCUCGACUUCCCGACCUCCGAGGCGUCCUCCACCGUGGUGUUACGCGUGCACCACUCCCUCGGCGACGGGAUGUCGCUCAUCACACUCCUCCUGGCGUCCGCGCGCAGCGCCGCCGACCCGACGCGCCUGCCGACCUUGCCAGAGCAGCCGGCGCGCACAGGCGCCAUCUACGCGCCGCGGCGCCGUGACCGGACAUCUGCUGGCGCCCUAGCGGCGUUCAUCAGGUGGAUCUGGCUGUAUCUGGUGCUCGCAUGGAACACCAUGGUGGACGUCAGCUUCUUCGCUGCGACGACUGUGUUCCUGAGGGACCCGUGCACACCCUUCAGACGCGCGGAAGGCGACGUCUCGUUCAACCCCCGUAGGCGCUUUGUGCACCGGAGCCUCAGCUUGGACGACGUCAAGUUCGUCAAGAAUGCCAUGAAUUGCACUGUCAAUGAUGUGCUCGUUGGGGCAACUUCCGCUGCUCUGUCACGCUAUUACUUUCGCAAGUCUGGUGGCAUUAACACCUACAGAACAUGGUUGCGGUCUGUCCUCGUUGUCAAUACAAGGCCAACCGCAAGCCUACAAACAUAUGCUAGUAUGAUAGAAUCCGGUAAGAGUAACGAUGUGGCAUGGGGAAAUCAACUAGGCUACAUCCUCCUACCAUUUCAUUUGGCGAUGCACGAUGAUCCACUUACAUAUGUUCGCAAGGCUAAGAUGACCAUGGACAGGAAAAAGAGCUCACUUGAAGCUAUCUUCACAUGUAAGAUAAGUGAAGUUCUUGUCAAAAUGUUUGGCUUGAAGGCGGGCGCUUUUAUCUUCCGUCGUAUGUUCGCCAAUACAACUAUUUCGUUCUCAAACAUGGUUGGACCAACUGAAAAAAUAGAGAUGUGUGGGCAUCCGGUUGUCUUCAUUGCGCCUAGCGUUUAUGGAGUUCCACAAGCGUUGAUUGUGCACUACCAGAGUUAUGAUAACACUAUUAAGGUAGUUUUAUCAGUUGAUGAGGAAAUAUUUCCAGAUUAUAGUCAACUUCUCGAUGACUUUGUCGAGUCCUUCCGGCUCAUUAAGGAUGCAGCUUCAAGGCUUUCAGGAUCCAUCAAGAAAUAGUAAUCAAUGAUGAAUUACUUAGUCAACUUAUGAAGAUUGUAUAAUGCCAACAAUGUACUCCUACAUGUUCAAUGUGUGUAUCACAAGUCUUGACGAAUCACCUACAACAAUAAAAUGUACGAGACCAACGUUGCGAAUCAAAUGUAUUAGGACAAUAUUAUUGUUGGACAAGGAUUUAUCAUGAGGAAUAAUAUGAAGUAUAUAUUUAUAAAAGGACCAUGCUAAUUAAUUAAUUAA